CGUUAUCUUUGUUUCAUCUAGCUACUGCUGUUAUGUUUUUCGUUCUUUUCCUGAUUUCUGCGGCAAUUUUGGUUUACGCAUGGACUAGAGUCCAACAUUACAGGAAGAGUGCGGCACUGGCGCAAAGGGAUCUUCAUCUCCAACCACUGUCACAGAGGAAGGCGGAGUGCUCAAACAGCUACGCCAAAUCCUUCACGGGUAGCUGUCGCGAGCGCACAGAAACCAACCCCGACUUGACCAAGGGAGAUUUUAUAGUUACCUGCCGCGUGACUACAGAACCAAGAGGUGCACCAAGCAACGGGCACACGAAGCCUGCUGAGAUUGUGGUGAAAGCCACCGGGAAGCAGGAACAGACGGCACACCCAGAGGUACACCGGGCGGAGCCCUCACUACCAGAAGCACCGCGACCUGACUCACCAGUGACCUACGAGUGUCCCCUUGAUAUUUGGGAACCUCCCGAGGACUACGAGGACGUCAUGAUAGCUACCUGUAAAACAAAUGUCUAAUAACAACGGGGAUAUAGCCCAGAUAGCAAUACUACAUUAUAGCAACGUAAGACGUUUGCUCAACGUCACAAACGUUACAAUAAGUCAACAACUAUUUUCUUUCAUUGGGUCCACGCUUGAUUAUCAGUGCAGGGUAAAAGUGUUUUCCUUGGGCAACAGUUUGUGCAAAGUUUGACCGAUCAUCCAAUGUCGUGCAUGACAAAAGCGUUUUCCUUUGGCAACAGUUUGCUCAAAGUAUAUGACCGAUUGUCCAAUGUCGUAAAGACAAUUAUCAAUAUUCAAUGGAUAUGAGCAAUGAGUAACCCUAAAUGUAUAAGUCCUUGGUAUCAGGGAAGACUAACGGCUCAACGUUCAGCCAACAAUGGAUCGCCUACUGCUACCGUUUCAACCGUUUUUUUUUGUUUAUACCGACGUUGCUCCCCCCCCCCCCCCAACGUAGUAUCGCUAUCUGGUAAGCGCUCGUAAGAGGAGUCUAAUAUGAAACUGGUCAGCUUCUUUAUUAAGCCUAUAGCGAUCAGAGAAUUCAGUAAUCUGUGGGUUCAGUAUUAGCAUUUCUACAUUGCAAACCUGUCAGGUUUUCAGCAUUGCUUUCACGAAACACGAAAGCGUCGUAAACACAAUUUCGCCCAUAUCACAUAGAAACGCGUGCAUUAAAAUCAACAUGAAUUUAAAAGGGACGCACCUACGAUGAUUUCGUGGAACGAUGCCUUGACUUUCAACUUCAUUACGAUUUUGUUUAAUUGUUGACUGCUACUAGAGUAGUAGGCGGAUACACAUAGAGGAAACAAAAUGGCCGCGGCCCCUUUUGAAGGAUUUUUUUUCUCCCGCUAUGUCCAUAAAGGUACCCAUGGAGCUCUGACUUUAUAAUGUAUAUACGCAAUAUUAUGUAGCAUGCUAUUAUUAUAUUAUAAUUAUAAUUGAAUUAUAGUAAGUCUUAUUGAUGAAUGAAAUAAUGUUUUUAUUUACUUCACACUUUGAUGGGCAAUUGUAGAUUACUGUCUGACCUAGGACGUUACAGGACUCGAUCCCUGUACCUGUGAUUAACAGCCCGAUGACUGGAGUAUCUUUGUUUAUAAUGGCCCUACUGCAGGGCUCUGCUCAAUAGAUAGUUAGCUUUAGAGGGAAGGAGACAGUAGGCUCUUGUUAACGCUAUAAACUUAACUAUAAAGUAAAUGAUAUGCAUGAUUUGUAGAUGACGGUUGUUGCUUUUUAUGGGAAAAUACUUUUCUUGUUUAGAAUAUGGCAAACAGUGUUUGAAAGGUUACUCCCCUAACCUUGUUUAUUCCUUUGAUCGUAGAAAUGUGUAUGUUAGAUUUUAAUCGCUAUAGUAUGUUAUAACUGGAAAUCUUAGCUUUGUCAGUGUGUUUGAUGGACACAGCUGUUUUAACAGUGAAGGGGAAGAAACAAAUUACAAUCUGUGCAGACAUGAUAUUCCAUUUUCCAAUUCAUAAUGAGUCUGAGUUCGGAAUGUGUGAAUGCAGUGUCAUUCUCAUUAAAUGUUUGAAGAGAAUAUAUAACGAGGCACGAACAAAAGUGUCAGACAAUUAACCGAUUUUAGCUUUUAUAUACGUAACCAGGGCCCGCAUAUAUCUUCCUGGGUUUUUGUAAUUAAUGUAUAAAUUACAUUACUUUGAAUAACAAGCGGACCAUUAUUACAAAUUGUAACUUGAUUACAUUAAGUAGCUAUUUUAUUUAUUUUUGCCCGAAGUGUAAUACGAAGAAUAUUUAAAAAAAACUAUCAAAAUUAAUAUAAAUUUACGUAAAAGCUUCUAUUUUUACUAAUAUGUUUAUGUCAAGCAAAAAUUAUGCAAUUCUUUUUAUAUAGUAUUAUAGAGAAUAAAAUAUAGCCCGGAAAGUUCAUGACAAAUCAUUGUCAAUAUACUUUUUAUUCCUGUUUAUUAAAACAUAAUCAAUGCUUAAGCAAUAUACAUCGGAAA